GUGGGACAACAGAUGAGACGAAAUGACGUUCAUAGCAAAGACGUUCUAUGACCUAAGAGCCGUCACUCUGGAGGGAGACUCUGUGGACUUUAACGUGUACAGGGGAAGAGUGGUCCUCAUUGAGAAUGUGGCGUCACUGUGAGGCACAACCACCCGGGACUUUAGCGAGCUUAACCAGCUCCAAACCAAGUACCCCCAUCGGCUGGUGGUCCUGGGCUUCCCCUGCAACCAGUUUGGAUACCAGGAGAACUGCACAAAUCCAGAAAUCCUAAAUUGCCUCCAGCAUGUACGCCCAGGAAACGGCUUUAAACCCAACUUCACCAUGUUUGAGAAGUGUGAGGUCAAUGGGACAAACACACACCCAGUCUUUGCCUACCUGAAAGACAAGCUCCCAUAUCCUGAUGAUGAUCCUAAUUCACUUAUCCAAGACCCCAAAUUUCUGGUCUGGAGUCCCAUCUGCAGGACAGACAUCUCAUGGAAUUUUGAGAAGUUUCUCAUUGGACCUGAGGGAGAGCCCUUCAAAAGAUACAGCAAGAAGUUCCCUACUAUCAACAUAGAGCCAGACAUCCAGAGACUGUUGAAAUUAACCAAGAAUUAGGACAAGAGUCCUUACUCCAAUACAUUUCACUCAGUAAUUUACAGUAACGUCAAAAUGAAUGAUGUCCUCCUCAUUUUAAGCCUUAUUUAAUGAUGGUGGUAUUUUAAACAGUAGUGUGAAUAUCAUCUGAUGUCUUAGAAGUGCUUAACUCUGCUGGAUGAUUACAUUCAUUUUUACACGUUUUGGUUAUAAAUGUAUCAUAACAGCUAAAGAAAUGCAGUUUUUGUGUUAAA